AUGUUGAUUUAUUUUGGUGUGUCAGUGGUAGAACUAAGAGGAGUAAUCACAAAAAGUUUACAUCAAAGCAAACAUCAUAAUCAUGGAAAUUUUUCAUAUUUUACAUUUACUCAAGCUUGGCCUGCCACAGUUUGUAUACAAGGUGCAGAUUUAGGCCAUACUUGUAAUAAGGUAUUGAAUGAAACUGCAUGGACUGUUCAUGGAUUGUGGCCAUCUUGUAAAGGAGCAAGUGAAGACCAACCUGCUAAUUGUAACAAAUCUGCCAAAUUUCACCAUGAUGCUAUUUCACCAUUAAUUAAUGAUCUGAAAAUGUAUUGGCCUAAUUUAUUUAAAGAUACUUCACCAGAUGACUUUUGGAAACAUGAAUGGAUGAAACAUGGAACAUGUGCCUUAAAUGUCAGCAAAACUGCAAACGAAUAUUUGUAUUUUUUGCAAGGAUUGACUCUCUAUAAACAGAUCAGUUUAACUCAUAUACUUGAUCAGUUGAAUUAUCACCCAGAUGAUAAUAAAACAUUAGAUGUUCGUAAACUAUUAAAUGAUUUAAAAACAAAGCUGAAUGGCAUUACUCCAAUUAUAGGAUGUUACAGAAGUAAGAAACAUGAAUUCUAUUUAGAUCAGAUUGAAGUGUGUUACUCCAAACAAUUUCAAAUGUUUGACUGUUUGAAGCUAAGACCUAGGACUUUGUUUUUUAAAUCUUUUAAAGAAGACAUUGGGAAUGACCUUCACCUUGAAGAUUGUCCAAAAAAUGGUCUUGUAUAUUAUCCUACUAUACCAAAAUAA